CUGUAUAAUGUCCACACCUCAGGGAUUGACUGGUUGCAGAAACUGGCCUUCCGGCUCUCUGAGAGACCAAGCUGGAGACCCAGGCUCCUUGGGCGGAGUGAGGCCACUAUGGCUCAGGAGAAGUCCCUUGUCCUGUUCCCAUUGCUAGUCCUGGUGCUGCUGGUGCUGGGGGUGGUCCAGCCUUCCCUGGGCAGUGAAUCAGCGGCCAUGAAGUUUGAGCGGCAGCACGUGGACUCUGACGGCACCUCCAGCAGCAGCUCCAACUACUGCAACCAAAUGAUGAUGCGCCGGAAUAUGAUACAGGGAUGGUGCAAGUUGUUGAACACCUUUGUGCACGAGCCCCUGGCCGAUGUCCAGGCCAUCUGCUUCCAGGAAAAUGUCAUCUGCAAGAACGGGCAGUCCAACUGCUACCAGAGCAGCUCCAGCAUGCGCAUCACAGAGUGCCAACUCACGAGCGGCUCCAAGUACCCCAGCUGUGCGUACCGGACCAGCCAGAUGGAGAGAUACAUCAUCGUGGCCUGUGAGGGGAACCCGUACGUGCCAGUCCACUUGGACGCUUCUGUGGAAGUCUCCACCUGAGGCCGGGAGCAGAGAGAUGCCCCACCACCUCAUCAUGGUGGCACCUGUCUCUCCCCUCUUCCUUCCUUGCCCUGCGGAGGCAAGGAAUAACUCAAGA